AUGUGCGGCGCGGGCUGCCCUCUUCCCGGCGUCGUCGAGGAGGCGUUGCGGCUCGCGAUGGGGUGGGGGGUAGAGGAUUUUAGCGUCGCCGUGUUGGAUUCCUCCGCCCUCCUUCCGGGGUAUCAUCGCUGCCUACGGGAGACCUUCACGCCUCGCUCGGCCGCGGAGGGAAGGGAGGGGGAGCGGAUGGCGCCCUUUUUGCUUUCGAUGGAUGUGCUGCGGCAGCUUCAAUGGGGGCUCGCGAAGGGGCUGCUCGAGGCCGCCACCACGCAACUCCCACGAGGCUCCACCCUUCGCGAGGGGGGCGAUGCCCAACGAAUCCCCCGUGAUCCCCCACGGCGGGUGCGAUUUGCUCUCGAGGCGGGGGCCGAGGAAGGCGCGCCCGCCGAUCCGGGCCGGAGCGAUCCCACCCCAACGAAGAAGGGGGAUCCUUGGAAGGGCUUCAUUCUCGGCGAACCGGCCUCCACUCCCCAUUCCACCUCAGGCUUCCAAUUGGCGAAGAAUGGGAUGGUCCACAUGCCCUGGACAAUCCGGGUGUUUUUGCCGAUCCCGGAGGAAUCCUUCCUGGAUGAGGUUGGGAUGGACGGGGAUUUCUCAAAAAGGGAUCCUACGGAAUCGUCUGCGCAGUCGACGACGCGCCCGCAGCGUCGGCCUCGCGGGGAUGCGCCUGUGGGCCACUUGAGAUCGGAAAGCGGAGGGGGCGGGAACAACCCACCUGCCGCCGCAUCGAUGCUUCCCUUUAUCUUUUCCCUCCACAGCCCUAGAGUGGUUGAGGAGCCUAGUGGCGCGCCGUCGGAGCGCUCUCAAAGUGUCCACGCCGUCAGGCCGACAUUGAAAGAGAUUUUGAAUGCCUAUUUUGGGAACUCUGUCCAGUUAAACUGA